AUUGUUCUUUUGCCAUUGGUGAUCGCUGAUGGGCUCAGUACUUCCUUCCUCCUGAUUGGCUGCCGCUGCUGGCUUUCAGUGUUGCCGGGUGAUGCGGAAGUGAGAGUCUGGAGCUGGGAGACCCACGGGCGGGACACACACGAGGAGAGCGGAAGAGAAACGGGUAAAGAUUGUGUGUGUUUUGGGGGUCCCUGCUUCUUCGGGGCUCCCAGACAUGCUGUCUCUGAAGAAGUAUCUCACUGAGGGUCUGAUACAGUUCACCAUUUUGCUGAGCCUGAUGGGUGUACGUUUGGACCUGGAUUCCUACCUGCCCUCUCAUCUGCCCCCUUUGCAUGAGAUUAUUCUAGGACCUACCUCGGCCUACACCCAGACCCAGUUCCACAGCCUAAGAGGCACUUCCGACGGCUAUGGGGUACAUCCCAAGAGCGUUGAUCUGGACCAGUUCUUCACUUCCAGGCGACUGCUGGGCUGCGUGAGAGCACUUGACCGCUUGACCGUGCCAAGCACAGAAGUAGAUGCCUGGCUUGUACACAGGGAAACCGAGGGAUCUGUGUCAAGUGCACAGACUGGUUCCAGCCGUCCCUCGGACAGCCCACAGGAUCUUAACAGCUCUGGAUCAGAACCAAAUCGUGACGGGCAGGGGCUAGAAGAACUGGGGGCAACUGCUCAGCCUGGAAGUUCAGAUUUGAGCAAGGAGGAUAUUGACCUGAUUGAUAUAUUGUGGCGCCAGGAUAUUGACUUGGGUGUUGGGCGUGAAGAUUUUGAGAAUCGGCAGCAGCAUAAUGAAAACGAGGAGGUGUGGGAGUCCCUAAGAGAUGGCCAUGAAUCGGAGCCCCUGGAGCCUGCUCUGCAGGUGGAUGGAGAGACGGGGGAGAGUAUACCCCAGGAUCAGACUGCUCUCUCCUUGGAGGAAUGUCUGAGUCUCCUGGAUGUUACUUUUCCUUUUGGUGACUCUCCUGAGUUCCCUGCAUCUAACACCUCUAGCCUUGUGGAUGCCGAGCAAUGCCCCAUGGUGUCUGAUGGAACAGACCGCCUAUUGUCCCCUUUACUACCGGAUAUGAGGGCCUCUUUGGACCUGGAAGAGCAGUGGCAGGACCUAAUGUCCCUCAUGGAAACACAGGCAAUGGAAGUAAAUAACUCAGCUGAGGAUCCCUUGUAUCUGAGUUUGGAUCCACCCCUUCAGCAGGAUGUGAAUCUGGAUCAGGCUUCCCUCCCAGGCUGCUCUCACAAUGCCUCCUCCCUUUUCACUCCCAUCCUAGAGCCUUUCUCGGCCUCUGAGUCUCCUGUGCCACAACUUUCUUCCCACAAUUCCACUGACCUAAACUCAACAUUUGGCUUUACUAACCUGACUGGAAUCCUCUUCCCAUCUCAGCUGAACAAUACAGGAAACAUCACAUCCCCUACCACCAUGCCAGACCCUCUUUGUGGGCUUCUAGAUGAAGCUCUGCUGGAUGAAAUUAGCUUGAUGGAGCUGGCACUUGAAGAAGGCUUCAGCCAAGUUCAGGCUUCACAGCUUCAGGAAGAACUGGAUUCAGAUUCAGGUCUGUCCCUGGAUUCUCAUCACAGUCCUUUGUCUCCCAGUGGAUCUGAAUCGUCCUCUUCUUCUUCUUGCUCAUCAUCAUCUUCUUCAUCAUCUUCAUUCUCUGAAGAGGGAGCAGUGGGUUACAGCUCCGAUUCUGAAAUGAUUGAGCACGAGGAGUCUGAAGGAGCGAGCGGUUAUCAACCACAAUACAGCAAGUUCUGCCGGAUGAGCUCCCAGGAUCCCAGUCGUUUCCGACAUCUGCCAUUCCUGGAGCACGUUGGGCACAAUCACACGUACAAUAUGGUGCCUGAGGAGCCAGAGGAAGUACAGCCAGUAGUGGAGAGGAGUGUCCGGAGACAGUCAGGUUUUCUAGAAAGGCAGGCUGGACGUGAUGAUCAAAGGGCCAGGUCUAUGAAAAUCCCAUUCAGUAAUGACAAGAUCAUUAACCUGCCUGUGGAGGAGUUUAACGAGUUGCUUGCCAAGUACCAGUUAAGUGAAUCGCAGCUCUGUUUGAUACGGGACAUUCGCAGGAGAGGCAAGAACAAAAUGGCCGCGCAGAACUGUCGCAAGCGCAAGUUGGAUACAAUUCUUAACCUGGAGCAAGAGGUGAAACGCCUUAAUCGGGAACGGAGCUCACAGCUUCGCGAGAAAGGAGAAAACUUGAGAUCAUUGCAGAGAAUGAAAGAGGAAGUAGAGCAUCUGUAUCAGGAAGUGUUUAGCCAACUGAGAGACCAGAAUGGCCGUCCAUAUUCUCCCCAGCAAUAUGCCUUGCAUUACACAAGCAACGGCAGCAUUAUACUCUCACCUCGCACUGCUGAGGGGCAACAGGGCCGCAGGCCUGAGAGGAAGGAUCGGAGGAAGUGAGGGGUCUGUAUUUGACUUCAGGAAAAUUACAGGACAGGGGGUGUGGGCUGUGCUUUCAUUCAGGCCUCUAUCAAACCUUUCACACAAGAUUGACCCCGGUGAGUGACCAAGAAGAGGUCUCCUCAGUCAGUAUAUCAAGGGCUGUGUCCUGUCUGGGUCUUAGCCCAUCUGUCCAGAAAUGAGAAGGAGGCCUGCCUGGCCUGAGGACUUAGGCUAGCCCAGGAAUUGCAAAGCUUAAGAAAACCGACAAAGGGAGGGUGAAAAAAAAAAAAAGUUUUUUUUUUAUUCUUGAUCCUAUAACUUGUCUAAAAUGUAGUCAGCUGUGUGUUAGGGACUGAAGUGUCAUCUUGCAUGAGAAGGAGAAGGUGGUGACCCCGUAGAGUCAUGUCACUGAGCAGAGACCUGGGGUACGGUGAUCCUGAUGGGUCACGAACAGAGAUCCUGAGGAUUAGGUGGGGCAGUAGGUUUUGUAUGCACGCUGCCAGUUAUAAGGAAGAUAGGGUAUCCUCAGUCCUGCGAGGCGUAGUGUUCUCCCGCUAUUAGCGCUGAGAGAUCUGCCAGCAGAACGCCAACGUAAGUCGAAUGCUAUCGAGAGGGGAUGUUUUUUUGGGGUUUUGGCAUGCACGGAUCAUCCUUUUUGUCCAAAGCGAGCUAAAGGGUAAUCAACAUCCUUACAAAAGUUUCUAACGUUUCCCAAUGUCUGUCAUGUCCUUCCACUGGGCACGGUAUAGCCCGCCAACAUUGCCUUAACCACGCGUGGCUCGAGGCCUUGUUUCCUGGGCAGUGUCUUCAGAAGAUCCCGUGUAGUAGCCAAGAUGGUGUGUUGUACUAUAAAUCCUAUGUAAGAGUAGCAGGAAGUGUAUUUAUUGAAAAAAACAGCAGUGACGAAAGGAAUCCUUUUCACUUUUUAUAGAAUAGAAGAAAUCUGUUAAGAUUUAGAGCCGUACAUCUCCGUGUCAGUCCUCGGGAUAUACCAGUACGGGCCGAGAUUUAAAGGCUACCAUUGGCAUCAGUGUUAUAAUUCCAUUAGCAUCCGCGGCUGCCACAGAGCCAAAACUGCUUCCUGCCAGGAGAAGCUUUUAUUUGAAGUUUUAGACAUUGCUGGUUAUAGCGAUAGCUUGUGCACUGAACUUAAAGGAGAAGGAAGGCUACUGAGGUAGUGUAUUGCCAAUAUAU